AGCCACGACAGCGGCUCAAACUUCAGUCGGCUUGUGGUCUGUGGAGUCAUAUCCGUGUGCGUGCGGUGUUUCCGCGCAUUUGCUAAGUCAGGCCAUGUCCGAGAGCGCCCGCCUGGCGGAAACUUCACAUAUUGGCAACUAUGGCGCGGCGUCUGCAGAAGGAGAGGUCACAUCCCAACAGGAUGCAUCGCAAACUGCACCAGCUGCACCUCAUGAAACGCAAAGACAAGGCAUGUUCCCUGUGGAGCCCUUUUGGUGGCUUGGUGAGCUUCUUCCAGGCCAAUAUCCGUAUUUGCCCAGCUACGUCAGAAAAGUCCACAGUUUUCCACAUUUGGUCCUCCUCACGGGCAUGCUUGCCAAUUGUGGGCUUUUUGUUCAGCUGGUGUUUUCCUGGAAGUAUUGGGAAGAAGAAGAACAUGGCCCUUGGGAUUAUGUAGUUGUUAUUGCAUCCUGCCUGUUUGCGGUGAUCAGCUUGCAGCUACUCCAUGCUGAGUUGGUUCAAUACAGCAUUGAUUUGCACGAGUCCUCGGUUGAGGCACAAAAAAGCAAAGAUCAAAUGAUGAGCACGUUCAAUGGCAUGGUCUGCGACCUUGACACGAUGCUGGCCAAAUCAGCUGACACUCAGGCAGCUUUGGCAGAACGAAGUUUGGACUCUCACAGGCGCGACCUCCACAACUUCCUGCUGAAGGGGAUUAGCACAAAAGUGCGUCGCAUGCAGGAAUUCCCCACAAUGGACUUUAUAGCUUUCCUCGCCUUAUACUUGAAAAUCUUUGAAGAGUGUUCUGCAUAUCCUUUGGACGAGCCUUUCAUCAUUGCUACCAAAGAUGAAGUUCUGGAAGGAUGUGCUUCCAUCGGUGAAGUUGUGGAGCUCGUUGGCAAGAGGGCGAAGGGAAUGGAAGUGAAGUUUCUUCGAAAACAAGUUGAUGGGGCCAAGAAGCGAUCUUCCACAUUGCGCCAAAAGUGGAGAAAAGUUGUUCAUGUGCCAAGAAAGGCAUGACUCCAUGACUCCGUGACCUUUGCUUUGCAAUUGUCCAGCUGUUGGAACACAUGUGAGCAUGUUCAUCAGCUUGUCAUCAGCUAAUGGCAUUCCAUGCACCUUACGGCCCUUUCAAAGUUGCCUUCUAGUGUUCGCGGCCAAAAGGUUGCAGUUCCGCUCACAUCUUCCUUUGCUUGGCGCAGAGGUGCUCCUACUCACUGGCCUCUCACAAUUUGUGAAGACAAAGCAAGGAGAAGUGGAGGGGAAGAACGACACAAGCCCGGAUGAAGAAAUGAGUUUGCCAAAAGGCUGUUCCGGUGACGCGAAGCAGGAGAUCAAGUGGCUGCGAUUUGACCUGAGCACGUUGGCUGCAAAUUGUAGUCAUGACAGCUGGUUGAAGCCACUAUCCUAAGAACUACCACAAUAGCGUUCUUGGUGGAAUGUCGGACACAUUGUAUUUAUAGAUUUAUAAUAUAGUAUAUAAUUCUUGGACAUGAAGAAUUCAUGCGUCAGAUGGUGGCUUCGUCAUCCACGUG